ACUCGUAGGACUGCGAGCAAAGAAACGUGUAGAAUGGCUUUACCAGAUGAUGAAAUGGCUGAAAUAAGAGACUGUAGACCAUCGCAACAACCUCUCAUUAGAAGUUAUUUUAAAGGUUAUAGUAAGGAACCAUUACGUAAUGAGACAAUUGCCGAAUUGUUAGCAGAGUCGUGCGAUGGUGACCCUGAGAGAAUUGUGUAUAAAAUACCAGAAUUUGGUCAGUCAAUGACAGCUCAACAAAUAAAAUCAAAGAGUGAUGAGGUGUCGAAAGGUUUACUUGGAUUGAGAGUAACGAAGGGGGAUGUUGUUAUGGUAACGGGCGUUGUAACUAAAGAUUUUUUUGCAUUAUUUCACGGCGUUGUAGGAAUUGGGGCCAUAUUUUUUAAUACAUUUUUAUUUCCACCUCGAGAUCAAUCGUUAUUGAGUCUUCUAGAUAAGGUCCAACCCAAGGUAUUAAUAUAUUGCUGCAAAGAAGAAGACGAUCCUGGGAUGACAGCAUUACGCCAUCUUUAUAUUUCUUUAGAACCAAGUUGUUACAAACCGUCUCAGAUAAUCAUAUUCUCUGAAAAUUACCAAUCGAGAGAUGAAGAAAUGAAAUUAACCUCGUGGUUAACAUUCCAAGAUUUUAUUACCAAUAAUACUCCUAUUGAUGAUGCUCAUCUUGCCACAGUGAAGAAAUCUGUUGUACCGAAUGAUACUGCCUAUUUACUAUCUUCAUCAGGAACAACAGGCGAUGUUAGAUUAUCUUGUAUAAGUCAUUAUACAUUAGUCAAUUACAGUCUAUUUUGCGAAUUGAGAAGAAAUCCUUUUAAUAAGAAACAGGUGAUAGCUUUUCUUAAUCCAAACGCCGAUGAUCUGCUUGCUGUCUUUGAAAGUUUGAUUGUGUUGGCAUUUUGGCGGGAACAAAUGGUAGGUGUGUUUCUUCCAUCGUCAGCUAAUUUUGGUGAAGGAUCCAGUGAUGUCAUACUGAAAAUAAUUGAAGACAUGCGCAUUACCACACUACAAGUAUAUCCUGCAUGGUUAUAUUAUAUAUAUCAUAAUUCAAAUCGUACAAAGUAUGAUUUAUCAUCUUUACGAUCAGGUAUGAUAGCAUCACAAACUGUUAGUAUUGAAAUGAAACAAUGGUUUGGUAAGAAUCACGCAGAAUAUAUUAGCGCUUAUGGUCUUACUGAAUUUUUAGCUGGUUUAGUAACGUCCCCUGCAUUUUCUACUUUUGAUAAGUUCCUGCGGACAUCAGGGUAUCCGGUAUCCCACAUAGAGUGUAAGUUGGUGGAUGAUACUGGUAGUAUUGUUCCAGUUGAGAGUAUAGGUGAAAUUCUAUUAAAAGGGUGGUCCAUGACCAUUGGAUAUUUUAACGUUGAUGGAGAACCUACGCCUGUAGCAGAUUCUGGUGGUUGGUUUCACACAGGGGAUGUAGGUACCAUGGAUGAAACUGGUCAUGUAGUUAUAAUCGGAAGAAAAGCAGAUGGUAUCAGAUUUAAACAUUUUGGGGAUGUCGUCUAUCCACAAGUAAUAGAAAAUAUUGCACACCAACACCCAGCUGUGAAUGACGCUGUUGUUGUUGGAAUAGCUUCUGAUUUUGAAGGAGAUAUUAUUUGUUUAUGCGUGAGUUUAAAACAAGAUGAAGGACAAGUUUCGGGUGAAGAAUUGCUGUCGUUCUGUGAUGAACAGUUGACCGAAAGAAAUUGUCCCGAUUACUGCCUUGUGUUUGACAACCUGGCAAAAGUUGGUUCCCGGAGAAAGAUAUCUAGAGCACUUGUUUUAGAAACGGCUAAAGAGCGUCUACAAAACAUGGAGGAACAUAAAAGAGAUAGACUGUGAUAUAUUAGACUCCACUGAUUGUCAAGAAGAUUGUUGUGUUGUUUUAAUACGGAUAGUAGAUUUGAACAAGUAGUUAUGCAGUCUCUAAAUAGUGCACAGUAGGCCAAUAAUAUUAUUAUAUGACAGGUUGUCUACAUUCAGACAACUUUCAUACAUUGCCAACAAUGAUUAAUUUUAAUAUUGAUUUUAGAUAAUGCAAAAAUAUUUGUCUGCAUUCAAUGAUCUAUCAUUUCAUUAAGGUCAUGCCUAGGUCAAAUGUAGAGCCUUAAAUUUAAGUUUACAUUUUUCAAGAUAAGGAAAACAAGAUAAAACAUAGUUAUAAAAUUUUAAACUGUUAUUUUAUGAUCUUGAAUAAAAAAUAAAUUUUAUGAUCUUGAAUAAAAAAUAAAUUUUAUGAUCUUGAAUAAAAAAAUAAAAAUUUAA